AGAACGGAGCAGCAGGGCAGGGAGCUGCUGGCAGAGCAGAAGUGUGUGUUCGUCGUCGUCGUCGUCGUCGUCGCGGUUCUGUUCUUCUUUCUUCCUCUCUUUCUAUAUCACUCAAUCGUUUAUAUAGCGUAAAAUAUACGUAUAUAGACAGAUACUCAAAGAAGCUAGGAAGAGGAGUACGUACUCGCGAUUCGCGAUCCAAAAAGGAAAACUUAGUUUCUUUUGUUGCUUUCCCCCUGCUGUUUUCUUCGUCGGUUCGUCCCCGCUUUGUGUGUUUGUGUGUGUGCGUGCGCGCGUGUGUGUCUGACUUCCUCGACGAGGAGCCAGUGCAAAAAAAGAAGUGUUGUUGCAGCUGUUCCAAUGGACUGUGUUUUUGUAUGCUGCACCUAACACACAAGUUGUACUUAUAUAGUGGCUCCUAGUUAAUUGCGAGAAGAAAGUUCAAACAUUGGACCACUCGGGGAGCUAGGUCAAAAUGGCUAACCGGGGUACGGUCCAGAGACCGAACGGCACACAGGGCAAAAUAUGUCAGUUCAAGCUGGUUUUGCUCGGCGAGUCGGCCGUUGGGAAAUCCAGUCUCGUACUGAGGUUCGUCAAGGGCCAAUUUCAUGAGUACCAAGAAAGUACGAUUGGAGCUGCAUUCCUGACGCAAACCGUGUGCCUGGACGAGACGACCGUGAAAUUCGAGAUCUGGGAUACCGCAGGCCAGGAGCGCUAUCACAGUCUUGCGCCCAUGUAUUACCGUGGAGCACAGGCAGCUAUUGUGGUGUACGACAUAACAAAUCAGGACACAUUUACGCGAGCGACAACGUGGGUGAAGGAACUCCAACGACAAGCCAGUCCGAGCAUAGUGAUAGCGCUGGCUGGAAACAAGGCGGAUCUGGGAAGCAAGCGAGUGGUCGAGUAUGAGGAAGCCCAGGCGUACGCCGAUGAGAACGGCCUUCUAUUCAUGGAAACAUCUGCCAAGACAGCGAUGAACGUCAACGAUAUAUUCCUGGCUAUUGCUAAGAAACUUCCAAAGAACGAACAAGCAGGAAACGCGAGUACAAGUGGACAGGGUGCUCGUCGACUAGUCGAAUCGGAUGGGCAAAAGCCAGCCACCGGCAACUGCUGCAAGUGAUUGACUAAAUCCGUAUGUGUUUCACACACUAAAUUGAUUUGUACCAUAAUCAAGAAAAGUAAAUACAACCCAAACGUGUCCACAACCAAUUUGAAUGGAUCAUACACCGUAAAUAAACUACAAAAAGUGGUAGAAGGUGAAUCGUGCAUUAUGAUGAACAAUUGAAAUCAAACAUACACGCGUGAUUGUAAAUCGCGCACUAAUAAAAGCGUAUUUAUUUUCAAAUUACGACUUGACGAGUUAUCAUCAAAGUUCUUAAUUUUUUUUUUUUCUGAGUACGCGAGAAAGUUGAGUACAGAUAAAGUUGCAAGAUUUGUUACGUAAUGAUAUGAUUGUGUGCACGAAGUGGUCCCAUUUGUAAUGUUAAUAACAAAGGUGAAGAAACAAAAAAUGAAAAGUGAGUGGUGUUCGUUAUAAAUAAUAUAAAUACACAA